CUUCUCGUAAGAUCGAGAUCUCUGUAUUCGCUGAUUCGAGCAAUAUGUCUGGUCGUGGAAAGGGCGGCAAAGUUAAGGGAAAGGCGAAGUCGCGCUCCAACAGAGCGGGAUUACAGUUUCCCGUGGGCCGUAUUCAUCGUUUGCUGAGGAAAGGAAAUUACGCUGAGCGCGUUGGUGCCGGUGCUCCGGUUUACCUGGCCGCGGUAAUGGAAUAUCUCGCCGCUGAAGUAUUGGAAUUGGCUGGCAACGCGGCUCGCGACAACAAGAAGACGAGAAUCAUCCCUCGCCACUUGCAGCUUGCCAUCCGCAAUGACGAGGAAUUGAACAAGCUGCUGUCUGGUGUAACCAUCGCUCAAGGUGGCGUCUUGCCGAACAUUCAAGCUGUGCUGCUGCCCAAGAAAACGGAAAAGAAAGCAUAAUCAUAAUCCGAUAACCAUCAUCAAAAAAUGGCCCUUCUCAGGGCCACAAAAUUUUAAGACUGGAAUAAUCUCGUAGCAUCGUAAUAUUUUUACUAAUAGAUAUAUGAUUAUUUUUGUAAUAAAGUUAAUAUAAAUUUCUUUUUUUACACACACUUUCAAUACGCUCAUAUUGACAUAUACGUGUCAUAUCUGUCAUUGUACAAUAUAAUGUAAAAUAUAUUUCCAAAUAUUAUGCAUACACUAAAUUUUAAGUAAUCACUUUAUGACAAUACGUAGUUUUAAAUGCAUAGUCUUAUAUCACAAAUUAAUAUAUUUGUACAAAUUAU